CCCAGGUUGUCCGAGGCCACAUUAUGACAGUCAGAGACAGAGAGCAAGCUCUGCCGCACCCUUUCUCUACCGCGCACAGGUAAACUGCGGGCAAACGACAAAAGUCACUCGAAAGUCACAUUUGGAUUGUAAUUUUUGGCCAAAUGUAUGGAUUAAACAAAGACUAAACUCGUGUCUGGAGACGGAUAUGAAGGGAUAGGCGCUAAAGCAAGACUAAGCAGUGGGAUCCUGCUGGCUCUCCUACCAUAUAACCCCCUUUCAUUGAGUUGGAGACGGAUGGACAGAGUUGAAACUUUCGUACCUUGUGUGUCUGAAGACCAAAGAGAAGGGACAACGUCUCAGCCCACACACGAUUGGAGGAGAUAGACGUCAAUCAAACUGGACGCCGUCCAUUCCCUCCCACCCCUCAUGGCGAGACCACCCCCAACCCACCAAUAGGGCGAGUCCCAUCCACACGAACCCCCACCACCACUCAUCCGUCCGGACAAUCCAAUUGGUCCCCCUCACUCCACUUAACUCCUGCCCACUCUACGCUCCACCCCAUCCACCCCCUCUGAUUGGUCAAGAUGGACAAGUUGACAGACGAUGUCCCCGGGUGCUACUACAACCGUACAGUGCAGUUCUUCUACGAACAUAGUGGCAAGAACAUCAGCGCCCACUGGCGUCCUCGGGACUACGUGGUGGUGAGCCUGGGCAUGGGUGUGUCUGUCAUCGUCAUCCUGGCCAACAUCCUGGUCAUGGUGGCCAUCUUCAUCAACCGACGAUUCCACUUCCCUAUCUACUAUCUGCUCGGCAACCUGGCGGCAGCAGACCUGUUCUCAGGUAUCGCCUACCUGCACCUGAUGUUCCACACUGGGCCCUGGACCAUCAAGCUGUCCAAGAACCAGUGGUUUGUACGCCAGACCCUGAUCGACUCCAGUCUGACAGCAUCGGUGUUGAACCUCCUGGCCAUCGCCUUGGAGCGCCACCAGACCAUCUUCACCAUGCAGCUCCACAGUAAGAUGACCAACCGCCGCGUGGUGCUGCUCAUCGCCCUUAUCUGGGGCCUAGCCAUCUUCAUGGGCCUGGUUCCCACCAUGGGCUGGCACUGUCUGUGUGACCUGGAAAACUGCUCCACCAUGGCCCCCAUGUACAAACGCUCCUACCUGGUGUUCUGGGCUGUGCUCAACCUCUUCACCUUCUCUCUCAUGGUGGCUGCCUACACCAGGAUCUUUGUGUACGUCAGACACAAGAGCCAGAGGAUGUCUCAGCACACCAGCCAGAUACGACACAAGGAGACUGUGUUCAACCUGAUGAAGACGGUUUCUAUGAUCCUGGGUUGUUUUGUGAUCUGCUGGACCCCGGGCCUGGUGUUGUUGAUGUUGGAUGGUCUGGGCUGUGAAUCUUGCCAGGUGCUGCGUUAUGAGAAGUACUGUCUGGUCCUGGCUGAGUGUAACUCCCUGGUCAACCCCAUCAUCUACAGCUUCAGAGACACGGACAUGUUACAGACCUUCAAGCGGAUCCUCUGCUGCCUGUGUCGCCGCGGCGACGCCGGCCGCAAAGACACGCUGUCGGGCAUACGCUGCAACACCCAGGAGCAAGAGCCGUAUGACAAUGGUGAUGCGGAGCUGGUGGAGAAGACCAGGGGAGCUCCUCUCAUCCUGAAGGGAACAGAGGACAUGAUGACGUCCACAGAGAGCUGACACAAGCAUGCGCGCGCGCACACACACACACACACACACACAGUGUAUGAUUAUUUUGGGGGGAGUUUCUGAAUCAUGCUAAAUGUUUUUAUUGUAUAAUGUGAUGUUUAGUUGUAAAAUGUUGUUUGUAUGAUACUGUAUGUUACAGAAAACAUGACUACAGUUACCUACAGGCACUGACAUUUCUGUUUGAACCAACUUUAUUGACAGUGUCCCAUAUACACUCCUCAGAUAUGUGUUGACAUGUUGUCUACCUGAGCAGUCAGCUCAGUAGGAAAGUCCUCAUUACAAUCAGAACUGUAUAUUUAUGACUUUUUAAUUUGACAUUUUAUUUAUGCAUUUUUUGUUGUUGAUCUUACGAGAAUAGUCUGCGCUGAGUGUAUACAGUGAGGGGAGAGGUGUGUGUGUGCAGGGGUUGGAGAGGUGUGUGUGUGUGUGUACUGCACAACAUGUUAGGUGAGUUUUAAGAAGGGUAUUAUUUUAGUAUUUAGUAUUUUAGUAUUUGUAAAGACAUUUUACUGUUAUUAAAUGUAUUGUUAGGUUCUGAACAGAGUAAAAACUCAAACGGACGACUAGAAAAGACUCAAACGGAGUUUAUUCACCGCACUGAAUGCCUCGGCUGCAAGCACAUUUUACACAUGAUCAUACAGGCAUUUCUACAUCAGGGGUGUAUCUUCUCAGAGCUGCCAUCUGUUGCCCAAUACCGCCUGCAUGUUGCAUCGUUGUCUAGGCCUUCCAGCUGUCUGCCAGCCGAUCCUCUUAUCUGUCUAGCUGUCUGGAGAAUGAAGGAAUAGACUGUAGACCAGUCUGUAUUGUAGACUGAUGUGUUCUGGUUGUUUCUGUGACCUCACAAUCAGUUUCAUGGUCAGAAAUGAUGGAAUCCGCUUCUAUUAAAGAACCUACAACACUUCUGACUGUCCAGCCGUCUGUCUCUCUGUUACUGUCCAUCCAUCUGUCUCUCUCUGACUGUCUGUCCACCUUUCUCUCUGACUAUCUGUCCACCUGUCUCUCUCUGACUGUCCAUCCAUCUCUCUCUGACUGUCCAUCCAUCUCUCUCUCUGACUGUCCAUCCAUCUCUCUCUCUCUGACUGUCUGUCCACAUGUCUCUCUCUGACUGUCUGUCCACCUGUCUCUCUCUGACUGUCUGUCCACCUGUCUCUCUCUGACUGUCUGUCCACCUGUCUCUCUCUGACUGUCCGUCCACCUGUCUCUCUCUGACUGUCUGUCAACCUGUCUCUCUCUGACUGUCUGUCCACCUGUGUCUCUCUGACUGUCUGUCCACCUGUCUCUCUCUGACUGUCUGUCCACCUGUGUCUCUCUGACUGUCUGUCCACCUGUCUCUCUCUGACUGUCUGUCCACCUGUCUCUCUCUGACUGUCUGUCCACCUGUCUCUCUCUGACUGUCUGUCCACCUCUCUCUCUUACUGUCUGUCCACCUGUCUCUCUCUGACUGUCUGUCCACCUCUCUCUCUCUGACUGUCUGUCCACCUGUCUCUCUCUGACUGUCCGUCCACCUGUCUCUCUCUGACUGUCUGUCCACCUCUCUCUCUUACUGUCUGUCCACCUGUCUCUCUCUGACUGUCUGUCCACCUCUCUCUCUCUGACUGUCUGUCCACCUGUCUCUCUCUGACUGUCCGUCCACCUGUCUCUCUCUGACUGUCUGUCCACCUCUCUCUCUCUGACUGUCUGUCCACCUCUCUCUCUGACUGUCUGUCCACCUGUCUCUCUCUGACUGUCUGUCCACCUGUCUCUCUCUGACUGUCUGUCCACCUGUCUCUCUCUGACUGUCUGUCCACCUGUCUCUCUCUGACUGUCUGUCCACCUGUCUCUCUCUGACUGUCUGUCCACCUGUCUCUCUCUGACUGUCUGUCCACCUGUCUCUCUCUGACUGUCUGUCCACCUGUCUCUCUCUGACUGUCUGUCCACCUGUCUCUCUCUGACUGUCUGUCCACCUGUCUCUCUCUGACUGUCUGUCCACCUGUCUCUCUCUGACUGUCUGUCCACCUGUCUCUCUGACUGUCUGUCCACCUGUCUCUCUCUGACUGUCUGUCAACCUGUCUCUCUCUGACUGUCUGUCCACCUGUGUCUCUCUGACUGUCUGUCCACCUGUCUCUCUCUGACUGUCUGUCCAUCUGUGUCUCUCUGACGGUCUGUCCACCUGUGUCUCUCUGACUGUAGUGAACGGGUGCACCCUUAAGGAGAGACCAUUGGGACGAACCCCAACUCUCACCAUUACUGGCUGAAAUCAUCUCUGUAAAGGGAAAAUGUUCAUACCUGAGAAACUAUAAAAGGGAAAUGCUGGAUAUGAAUAUUCUAAAUAUUUACAUCUUCAUUAUUUUCAUUUCAUUAUUUUCGUUCUGCCCCUGAACAGGCAGUUAACCCACUGUUCCCAGGCCGUCAUUGAAAAUAAGAAUUUGUUCUUAACUGACUUGCCUCGUUAAAUAAAGGUAAAAAAAAAAAAAAAAAAAACAUUUUUCACCAUAAAAAUAUUUUCCCUCCCCAAAUUAAAGACUACAUUUUUGAGAAGCUGUUGUUUUUCUCUUUCAUUUAAAAAUAUCUGUUACUGAUUUUUAGUUUUAUUUUUGUACCAAAACAUCUCUAAAUAAAGCCAGAAAAUUGAAUACAUCCCUAA